AUGCGGCGUGCUGCUUUGCUGCUGCUGCUGCCUCGCCCCACUGCCCCACUUCGAUGUAAACACACAUUAGCCCUGCGCCCCACACGAGUGCUGUGCAUUCACCCGCAGUUGGUGCGGCUCCUCGUUGCCGGCGGUGUUCUCUUAUUUCAGGCCUUCGCCGUGGCCCACAGUCAAGAGGCGCGAAAACUGCGGGAGGAGGCGGAGGGAACCUCCUCCCCCAACACAACCGUCGGCAGUAGUCAUUCCACCAUCAUGUCUUCCGCAGAGGCUUUGCGGGUUCUUGGUUUAAACGCAGAGUUGGAGGUUCCAUUGAAAAAUGAAACAGAUCGUCAAGAGGCCCAUUGGCGAUUUAAACGUCUCUUUGCCAUAGCGAAGGAAAGUGAUAAUCUUUACCUGCAAGGGAAGUUCAGUGCCGCCUACAGAUUGUGUGUGGAUGCGGAUUGGGAUGCGGCGGGGGAUCAUACCACGUCGAAGGACCGUACGAAUAUCGAUUCCUCAGGGUAA